AUGGCUAUUUCUUUGCUUUUGCAAUUACUUUUCACCGUUCUACUUUCACCAACAUUUGCCAAACCAAAUUCCACUCAUGCUCACACACAUUUCUUAGAGAAUGAGAAAAGUAUGCUGCUUGAGUUGAAGAAUCAAUUGGUAUUCGAUUCAUUUUAUUCGGAAAUACUGGUGCACUGGAAUCAAAAGGAUGAUUGUUGCUCUUGGGAGGGUGUGGAGUGUGACGACGCAGGCCAUGUUAUCCGUCUGCAACUCAACGAUGAGGGCCUCUCAGAUAGAUUAAACGAGUCGUCGAGUCUUUUCAGACUCAACUACUUGGAAGAGCUGAGCUUGGCAGGCAACUUGUUCACAGGUUCGAUACCACACAACAUUACCAAUCUUAAAAGAUUGUCUUCUUUGGACCUGUCUUAUUGCAAUUUUAGUGGCGCGAUUCUUUCCACGCUCAACACUCUGACACAACUUGUUCAUCUGGAGAUGGCAUACAACUUCUUCAGCGGCUCAAUUUCUUCCGGCCACUUUGAAGGUUUUUCAAAAGUUGAGUAUAUUGACUUAAGGUACAAUUCACUUAGAGGUAGCAUUCCCAUAUCUAUCUUUAAUUUACCUUCACUACGUUGGAUUUACCUCCAACACAACCAACUUAGUGGGAAAGUGGAUGAAUUUGCUAUUGUAAAUAUAUCUCAGCUUUCUUCAUUAGAUUUGAGCAGUAAUAGACUGGAGAGCCCUAUUCCUAACUCUUUCAUCAAGCUUCAAAGUCUCAAAGUUCUUAGUCUUUCUGAAAACUUGUUCAAUGAUACUAUUCAACUGGACAAGUUUCUAAGCCUUCCCAACCUUAGAUAUCUAAGUCUUUCGAACAACAUCUUGUCACUUUCGAGUUCACACAGUUUCCAUGUAAACCAGUCCUCCUUGGACUUCUUGGACCUUUCGGAUAACUUGAUUGCAGGGGUAUUCCUAGUUGGAUCUGGGAAAUUGGAAACGGGUCACUUUACGAUUUGUGACCUUUCUUGUAACAUGCUGGGGGAAAUAACAUCAGUGGUUGGGAUCCCAGAUAAAAUUUCUCCCAGUUGGGAACUAACGUCAUUAGAUUUGAGCGACAACAAUUUAGUAGGGGAUGUUCCACUUUCCUUGGCGAAUUGCAGUUCGUUAACAAUCUUGAACUUAUCCAACAACAAGCUAAGCGGAACAGUUCCAACCUCCCUUUGCAAAGCCACAUACCUUCAAAUUCUUGACUUGUCUGACAAUAACUUACAUGGUAAUAUACCUCUCUGCCUAGUGAAGAAUCUUCCUGCCCUUAAUUUAGGAAGAAAUAACAUCUCGGGCCGUGUCCCAAACUUCACUGCCAAUUGUAGCCUACAAUAUCUGGAUCUCAACAACAACAAUUUAAUCGAGGAAGUUCCACCAUCUCUGAAAAAUUGCAAAAUGCUGAAGGCCAUGGAUGUUGGAGGCAACAUGUUGGAAGGUCUUUUCCCAUGCAUGCUUCCAUUGAGCCUGCGCGUGCUUGUGUUGUGCGGCAACAGAUUCCAUGGAGGGCUAAGAUGUAACAAGAGCUGGCCAAAUCUUCAAAUUAUCGACAUAGCUAACAAUAACUUCAGUGGCAAUGUGGAUUCUUUGAGGUUUUCAGGUUGGAGGCAAAUGAUGAGAGAUACCGUCACAAAGCUGAGUUACAAAAACUUGGCUUUCGCUUACCCAUAUUCCAAUAGCACGAUGGGAUACAAAGAAGAGGUAUCACUAACAAUCAAAGGGGCGGAGCGGAAUCUUGUCAAGAUUUGCCCAGACUUUACAUCCAUGGACUUAUCUUGCAAUAGUUUCCAAGGAGGCAUCCCCGACUCAUUGGGUGAACUCAACGCACUUUAUCUUCGCAACUUAUCCCACAAUAGUCUCACCGGAACAAUCCCUAAAUCAUUGAGUAACUUGACGGGGCUUGGAGCACUGUGA